AUGAACCAGAAAAGACUUACUCAACAGUGCCUAUAUGCUAACAACUUGACAUUACGAGAAUUGUUAAAAUGGCUAUGCGCUCUGGCAGUAAAAUGCACUGACACUGAUCAUACAGUUGAAAGAGUUCUGAACACUGUCGCCGACGAUCUUCUGCAGGUUUUGAGCGAAGAAAAUGAUGACUGCAAAUUCAAAUUCGUGGAACACGCAUCGCAAGUGACUAUUUGCGACUUCCUGGCCUCCUUUAUUGACAAGUCACUCGUUGGCGUACAUUCUGUCGUUUCAUUUGCAGCAACUGGACGAAGUGCUUGUGGGUGCACUGCCCGCUGCGCUUGUGAGCUGACAUGUAGACUUCUACCGCUUCACUCACAAUUCGCGGUUCAACGAGAACGGCUUGUUCAGACGUUAACCACUCUCUUCAGUGCAAUUCAGGAGCCAGUUGACUUGAUGCUGAACAAUGUGAAGUAUGUGCCUGAAAUGGUCGAGUGGAAAUCAGUGGUAGCUCUUAGCAAGCUGCUCAAAGAUAAGUUACAAGCGAUUAUGGUUAUUGCUGACGAACAUGUGGGCAUUUUCAAUCCUGAAGAGAUGAAAUCGUCUCGAAAGAAAACGACUCGAAAAGACGAAGUCAUUUAUGUGAAGUACGUACGAGCUCGUGAAGCACUACAGAGCCGCGUGCUGAGAAUCUCGGAAGCUUUGAAAGAAGAACAGCUGAAUUUUCAAGUGAAGAAGAAUGCAAUAGGAAUGCGCGACUUCCGCAUAAAUUUGGACAUACUGAAAACGCGUGUCGUACAAACUGAGGAUGUGGAGCCGAGAAGAAAGAAGCGUGCCACCCAGAUCACUGAGAGAAAUGAAGGGCAGGAAAAUGAUGUUGAUAUGACAGCGGUGACCGAAGAAGGUGAAACUACCACAGAAGAAGAAGAGAAACAUAGUAGUCGGUUGAGUGCUAUCUUUUGA